UGUCCCAUCGCUGUCGAUGUGCACAUCGCCCUGUCCAACACAAACGUGACGGGGUUCCGGGGAGCGAAGUACGAGCUGCCAGCCUAUGGGGAGGGGGCGUUCGAGAAGCCCUCCAUUGAGAAGCACUUCGAGACCAUGCGGGUGAGUGACGGAAUGCGACGGGUGGCUGAGUCGAUGCGUAAUGAGUUCGCGAGUUCUGGUGCUCGCGAGGUCCAUAUCAGAAUCGUCGAUGGCGAUGGGUUCGAGAAGGACAUGAGGAAAGUCCGGGAGGACAUCUUGGCCAAAGCCAAGGCGACGAGUAACAUGGAUCCCGAUGCCUUCGAUUAUUGGUGGAGGAAGCUGCCGAGCCGCGAGGGCCGCUUCGAGCAGAACGGCAACAUGAUGUACCUGCGCCACCUCGCCUACAGCUCCGCUGUGGCGGCCGAGAAGAAACUCCCCUACAAGUACACGCACGUCCUGUACACCCGCGAGGACAACGUCUUCGUGCACCCGCCCUUCACCCUGCUGCAGCUCGCCAGGGAUAUGGACAACGGAGCCGCGCCUUCGGAGUCUCCGGCGGCGAUCCUGGUGGACAAGCACUGCGGCUGGAACUUCUACUCCGACAAGCUCUACUUCGCCUCCCGGCGGGGCAUCGACGUGCUCUUUGCUCGGACCCGCGACGCGCACAUCUCCCAGAUGGCGCAGUGGAUCAACAUGGCACCGACGGCCACCAAGGGCACCGACCCGCUGAUGACGGAGGAGUACUUCAAGAGGCUGCUGGAGGCCGCCCACGCCAACGUCACGAAGUUCGAGUUCCGCCGCUUCGAGGCGCGGUACGUGGCCGGCUCCAGCAAGCCGUGCAUCCCUGACCUGUACAGGAAGUGCACCAUCGUUCCCAUGUUCGACACGUGCCCGAAGAAGUUCGCAGGCUACAGAUAGGC